GUUUUAUUUUAAUUAGCAGUUUUUAAUUGUAAAAAGGUGGAAUAAAUUUUUUUUCAGUCAAAAAUGUUUCAAUUAAAAAUUUUAUUUGGUCUCACUGUAAUUUUUUCAUUAAUUGCAUUAUCAAUUGGUCAAGCCAAUUAUUGUAAUAUUUGUCGUGAUCACACUAUGUGUAAACCUCAUUAUACAAGACCAGCUUGUCCAACUAGACAAUUUGGCCUUACCAAACAACAAAAGAAUAAAAUUCUUUCGGAACAUAAUAGAUAUCGACAAUUGGUAGCUAGUGGUAAUGAACCAAGAGGAAACCCUCGAGGUCCACAACCAAAAGCAAAAUCUAUGCCAAAUCUGGAAUGGGAUCAUGAAAUAGCAAAUAUAGCGCAAACACAGGCUAAUUCAUGCAUUUACGCUCAUGACACAUGCAGAAAUGUCAAACGAUUCUCUGUUGGUCAAAACAUUGCACAAUGGCCUGUGGCUCAGGGUGGACAACCUCAACCAGUGGAAGCUUUAGUAAAAUUAUGGUACGAUGAAGUGGCACUAUUUAACCCUCGAAUGGUGGAAAAUUUUGUAUUUGAGAUGAAAACUGGUCAUUACACACAAAUGUUAUGGGCAAAGACAACCAAACUUGGCUGUGGUUAUGUAAAUUAUCAAAAAGGUGGUCAAUACAUUGUUUAUCUCGUUUGUAAUUAUGGUCCUGCUGGUAAUAUGCGUGGUGGAAAAGUUUACGAAAUUCGACGUUAAAGAGAAUAAUAUCGAAAAAUUAAUGAAUUUUAAUCAUUAAAUAUUUUUUGUCAUUUUAAAUAAAUAGAAAAAAAAUUAUUAAAAUCCAUUUCUGCAAAUAUAUAACAAAAAAAAUGUAUAUCAUUUAAUAAUAAAGUAAUAUUUGACUAUA